AUGGCGCUUCCCCCAAGUCCCUUGGCUAUGGAAUAUGUUAAUGACUUUGACUUGAUGAAGUUUGAAAUAAAGAGGGAGCCCUCAGAGGGCCGAUCGGGGCUCCCCACAGCCUCACUGGGCUCAACACCUUACAGCUCAGAGCCUCCUUCACCCACCUUCAGCGAGCCCGGCAUGGUGGGCAGCGAGGGCCCCAGGCCAGGCCUGGAGGAGCUGUACUGGUUGGCCACCCUGCAGCAGCAGCUGGGGGCUGAGGAGGUGCUGGGGCUGAGCCCCGACGAAGCUGUGGAGCUGCUGCAGAACCAGGGCCCGGUCCCUGUAGAAGGUUACUAUUCAGCGAGCCCAGGAGAGACAGGAGCCCAGCAUGCCCAGCUGCCCGAGAGGUUUUCGGACGCGGCGCUGGUCUCGAUGUCCGUGCGCGAGCUGAACCGGCAGCUGCGGGGCUGCGGGCGAGACGAGGCCCUGCGGCUGAAGCAGAGGCGCCGCACGCUCAAGAACCGCGGCUACGCGCAGGCCUGCCGCUCCAAGCGGCUGCAGCAGCGGCGCGGGCUGGAGGCCGAGCGCGCCCGCCUGGCGGCCCAGCUGGACGCCCUGCGGGCCGAGGUGGCCCGCCUGGCUCGCGAGCGCGACCUCUACAAGGCCCGCUGUGACCGGCUGACCUCCAGCGGCCCCGGGGCCGACGACCACACGCACCUCUUCCUCUGAGCCUCUCAGGGCAGGGGAGUGUGGCUGGGUGGAUGGCGCUAGAGGGUAUCUAUCACUCACCAAAUCGCCACCCUGGAUGGUCCGCACAAAUAUCCCCAAACUCCUGACCCUCGUGGCAAGCCUGAGGUUAGAUGCCGGCCCUUUGCUGGAGAUGAGUCCCCUCCCUUUGCAGGCCAUGACUCUUCAGGAUUAGGGCACUGAAUUCUGUAGGGGCUAGUGCCUGUGCCGAGGGUGAAGGUGUGGGGGAUGAGCGGGCGGCAUGAUGACCGGGACGGGGCGGGGAUGCAGUUCCCCUCGCAGUAGUUCUUAAUUCCAGGUUUUCAACCUGUAGCGUAUUGAUGCUGUGACGAACAACGAAGCUGCGUUUUCACUGAAUCUUCGGAUCCCUCAUUUUAGGACUACUGAACUGUCAAGAUUUCAGUGCCCUCAGACAAGACAGAGUAGUAGGUCAACUCAAGAGGCUUUGCUCUGCUCAACCCAGUGGCCUUGAGAGUCCUUGCGGCAGAGGCAGAACAAGCACCCUGAUGCGAGCCUGGCAAAGGCUCAGCGGUGUCCCUGGCCAUAUGUCUGUCACCUUAAGCAAAACAAUUGCUGUCAGACUCCAAUUACUUAACUGGAUGACUUCUGACACCGUUUUAGUUUUGGCCUCUUCCGCAGUGAGCAAAUCUGAAUGAUGUCCCCGGAAGGCCCCAAGAUGACGGCACUAAAGGGACACCCUGUUCUGCCUCAGCUUCCAGGCUGUGGCUUAGGCAGUGGACAUGCGGCAUGGUUCCUCUGGGUUCUCACUGGCCCUCUGUGGCUCGCUCCUGGCCGCCUAGGGUGUCCCUGCUGCCUCUUGCCUCUCAGAGCAGUAGACCUCACAGGAUAACCGGGAGCUGAGAGAGCGUGGCUUUGGUGAAUUAAAUCUGACGUCCAGGAAAAACUAAUGUUGUUGACUAAAUGUUCUUGCAGUUUGAAACAAGUUAACCCUGUGU